UCUCCACCUUUCCACGCGGCGGCGUCUCGAUGAGCCAGCCACUGGUACUGCCGCCACCACCACCAUGAACGCCGCAAUCAAAUGCUCCUCUCCCUCUCCCUCUCGUCGUCGUCGUCUCAUCUCUAUAAAUCUCCGAUCCGAUCCUCUCAUUCACCAAAAACUAAACACACAUUCAUUGCUCACCACAGCAAGCUAAAAAUCGCCAUCUACUUACUAAAUCAGGCAAGUGUUGCCAUUAUUAUUGUUUCGAAUUAGCAAGGUCGUAGCUUCUUCUUCGACGAUCGGAGGCCGGUGGUGAUGGCGGCGGCGGCGAAACCAAGCCACCUGAGCGGGGAGGCGGUGGAAGCGGGGAACCGCGGCGACGAGGCGUGGCUGGACGACGACGGGCGGCCGCGGCGGACGGGCACCAUGUGGACGGCGAGCGCGCAUAUCAUCACGGCGGUGAUCGGCGCCGGCGUGCUGUCGCUGGCGUGGGCGAUGGCGCAGCUGGGCUGGGGCCCGGGGCUCGUCGCCAUGGUGGUCUUCGCCGCCAUCAGCUACUACACCUCCACGCUGCUCGCCGAGUGCUACCGCUCCGGCGACCCCGUCGCCGGCAAGCGCAACUACACCUACACCGAGGCCGUCCGCGCCAUCCUCGGCGGCGCCCAGGUCAAGCUCUGCGGCCUCAUCCAGUACGCCAACCUCGUCGGCAUCGCCAUCGGAUACACCGUCGCCUCCUCCAUCAGCAUGCUGGCGAUCAAGAGGGCGGAUUGCUUCCACUCCAAAGGGCACAGGAACCCCUGCCGGAGCUCGAGCAACCCCUACAUGAUCCUCUUCGGCGCCGUGGAGAUCGCCUUCUCGCAGAUCCCGGACUUCGACCAGAUAUGGUGGCUCUCCAUCGUCGCCGCCGCCAUGUCCUUCACCUACGCCACCAUCGGCCUGUCGCUCGGGAUCGCGCAGACCGUCGCCAACGGCGGGUUCCGGGGCAGCCUCACCGGCGUCAGCGUCGCCGCCGGCGUGUCGCCGGCGCAGAAGGUCUGGCGCAGCCUGCAGGCAUUCGGCGACAUCUCCUUCGCCUACUCGUACGCCUACAUCCUCAUCGAGAUCCAGGACACGAUCCGGGCGCCGCCGCCGUCGGAGGCGGCGGUGAUGAAGCGCGCGACGAUGGUGAGCGUGGCGACGACGACCUUCUUCUACAUGAUGUGCGGGUGCCUGGGGUACGCGGCGUUCGGCGCCGCCGCCCCGGACAACCUCCUCACGGGGUUCGGCUUCUACGAGCCCUUCUGGCUCCUCGACGUCGCCAACGCCGCCAUCGUCGUGCACCUCGUCGGCGCGUACCAGGUCUUCGUGCAGCCGCUCUUCGCCUUCGUCGAGGCGCGCGCGGCGGCGCGGUGGCCCGGCAGCCGGUUCCUGGCCCGGGAGGUGAGGGUCGGGCCCUUCGCCCUCAGCGUGUUCCGGCUCACCUGGCGCACGGCGUUCGUGUGCCUCACCACCGUCGCCGCCAUGCUGCUCCCCUUCUUCGGCGACGUCGUGGGCUUGCUCGGCGCCAUCUCCUUCUGGCCGCUCACCGUCUACUUCCCCGUGGAGAUGUACAUCAAGCAGCACGGCGUGCGCAGGUGGAGCACGCGAUGGGUCUGCCUCCAGACGCUCAGCGCCGCGUGCUUCCUCGUGUCCGUCGCCGGCGCCGUCGGGUCCACGGCCGGCGUCGUGGGCGCGGUCAAGCUGCACCGGCCGUUCAGCGGCUACUAGCUAGGACUUGCUAGAGCAUGCUCCGCUCCAUCCGUUGCAGUCACAAGCUAGAUAGGUGACUAAACUGGUCACUGUUAGAGCUAAUUAAGACGUGGUUAGAGCUCCACUGAAUGCUACUUUUAGAAGCCAUGUGCCACGGCUAGAGCUAAUUAAGAAAAAUGUGAAACUCGAUCGCCAAGAUUUAUGAUUGAGAUAAAUCAAGUUGCUUGAGCACACUA